AACAGUCGCAAUCACCCCUUCGUCUUCGACCAAUACCACCGAUACCACGUCGUGAUUCCUACGCCAGCGACCAACGACUACGAGGGAAGAUGAUAAUCGUGAGCAGCGUGCUGCUGAUCCUGGCGGUCGUGUCAAGAGUGGGAUGCCAACGGAAUACUCCGAGAAGUGCGAGAGCCAGCAGAAAUGAGGCAGUCCUGGAAUUUGAAUGCCCCGAAGAAUUUGGAUAUUACCCUCAUCCACGUGAUUGCACACAAUAUUAUGUGUGCGUUUUCGGCGGCGCUCUACUGGAAUCCUGUACGGGAGGCCUUAUGUACAGCCACGAUUUGCAGACAUGUGACUGGCCGCGAAACGUAGGCUGCCCAGAAGGAGAUUCGUCCAACAAGGAGGUCGAGGAGGAUCCUCUGCUGGAAAGAUCUGCGAAACUCGAGACGCUGCAAGAACAGCAACACCAACAACGGCAACAGUUACGAGAUCAGCAGCAACAGCAGCAACAACAACGACCGAUCCAGAGACAGCCGAUCACGGUUACAACUGCAUCGCCGUCGGUCUCGCAGAUCACCGAGAGGCAACUGAGACGACAGCACUCGAGGACGAAUUACCAUGAUGACGAGUACGGUCCCGCCUCGGAAGUCGAAAAUGAUCGGCAGCAACGAGUGUACCGGGGACAACCUUCGACGAUCGGCCAGGUGCAGCGAGAUCGCGAUGGUCUGCGACGGAAUAUAAUAUCGGGUAGGGAGAAGGAUAGUCUGGUAAACUCACGUGCCCAAGCUGAGUCUCAUUACAGAACGCCUGUUCCAACCACUGAAUCAUCGAGGCUUGCUAAAACACUAGCCUCUACCGUGGCACCGGUUUUGUCCAAGGCUUACUAUAGUGAUCCAGAUCAGAGUUAUCCAUAUUACACGAUUUACGACGAUGAUGUUUCUGUUUAUAAAGAUGACGAUUAUAAUCAAUAUACAAUCAAUCAAUCAGUACCGGUGCAGCAGCCAAACGUGAAAAUUAGCGAGGUAAACACGAAGCAAUACCAGAAACCGAAGAAGAUCGCCGUGAAUGAGGCAGACAAGUAUAAUUUGAAUCACGACAUACAAGAUUAUGAUAUCUAUGAAAAUCAGGCUCAGCUGAACAAGAAUAAAUUCCGCAUUUCCGAUGGUCAACAGUUCAGGACAAACGUGCUCAGUCAUCCCGUGGUUCACGUGACGACACCAAAUGUCAUCGUAGACACUUUUAUACCUCUGACUACGAGCACGCAGACUCCGAGCACGACCGGCAGAGCCUACACCAUCAAUGCACCGAGCCGAGAUCGGCCGCAGCAGAUUCAUCGAGGCACGGCACCGCCUCGAUCUCGACCUACCUUGAAGCCGUCUACCGAGAUAGUUUCGAAGGCACAGGAGUUCAUUGACAUCUACAGGUACCCUCCGAUAAGACCGGCGCCUAUCUAUCCAACGCCUCAGGUGGACAAACCGGCGGCGAAAUGUCGCAGAGAUGUCUGUUUGCUUCCGGAUUGCAGCUGCGGCGGCUCCGAUAUACCAGGUGACUACCUACCGGAGGAAAUACCGCAAAUCGUCCUCUUGACAUUCGACGAUUCCGUGAACGACUUGAACAAGGGUCUUUACUCCGAUCUGUUCGAGAAGGGACGAAAGAAUCCCAACGGCUGUCCCAUCUCGGCCACCUUCUACGUGUCCCACGAAUGGACCGACUACAGCCAGGUUCAAAAUCUCUAUGCCUCAGGCCACGAGAUUGCCUCCCACACGGUCUCGCACAGUUUCGGCGAACAGUUUUCGGCGCGAAAGUGGGCGCGAGAAGUUGCUGGACAGCGCGAAAUUCUGUCUGCAUACGGAGGCGUCAAAUUGGAGGAUGUCAGAGGAAUGAGAGCACCCUUCUUAUCGGUCGGGGGAAACAAUAUGUUCAAAAUGCUCUGGGACACAAACUUCACGUACGACUCCUCCAUGCCGAUCUAUGAGAACCGACCGCCCAGUUGGCCGUACACGCUAGAUUACAAGCUCUUCCACGACUGUAUGAUACCACCCUGUCCCACGAGAUCCUAUCCAGGAUUGUGGGAAGUUCCUAUGGUAAUGUGGCAAGAUCUCAAUGGAGGUAGAUGCUCCAUGGGAGAUGCUUGUAGUAACCCACCGACUCCGGACGGCGUAUAUAAGAUGCUCAUUAAGAACUUCGAAAGGCAUUACACGACUAAUAGGGCGCCUUUCGGUCUGUUCUAUCACGCCGCAUGGUUUACUCAGCCGCAUCAUAAAGAAGGUUUCAUAUCGUUUCUCGACACCAUUGUCGCGAUGGAUGACGUAUGGGUAAUUACUAAUUGGCAGGCCAUACAAUGGAUCAGGAAUCCAACGCCUCUGGCGCUUUUACACACGUUCGAACCUUUUGGAUGCCAUUAUCCGGACCGACCCAAGAAAUGCAAUAACGCGAAGGUCUGCAAUCUUUGGCAUAAGAGUGGGGUAAGAUACAUGAAGACCUGCCAAGCAUGCCCGGACAUUUAUCCUUGGACAGGCAAGACCGGUAUACGUAGCAGUCGCAUCGACAACGAAGUCGACGCCCACGAAUGAGUUACAUGAAGGGAAGAUUUAAAUUUCGUUGCGAUCGGGGAGAGUCCCAUCGAACGAGCAACGGACCCAGACAACGCGAAUAUCUAAAAGAGAUGCUUAAACGAGAUCUUAAUCUUCCAAACGUGAGAGUUUCUCAAAGAUCUGAAAGAAGUUUCCAAUCUUUUAAGACAUCUGAGAAACAAAUGUCUAAUCCGAAUCUUUCGGUCACGCCGCGUUUUAGACAGCCUUGUAAACUAAUAUUUAGAUCACAUCUUUUGGACUUUCGCAUUGUUUGGGAAGCAUUGUAGUAGCGCGCGAGGGGAGAUACUCUUCUGUUCGGAUAGGUAACUUCAAGUAUUACACGCGCGUGUCCCGACGGACACAUUCGGGCCGAGUACGCCGAUGCAAGUUUUAUGCUGACGAUGAGUAGGAUCUCGCAAAGUUCCCGUUUCACGCUGGAUCAAAUCAGAAUCGCGUUCGCAAUCGUGAACUUUUAAACAAAUCGAAAUAUUGUUACAUUUAUUAAUCAGCAGAUUUAUAACUGAACGGAAGUUCAUCAGUAGCAGUUUAAAAUUCAUUUUGUGAAGGAAAAAAAAUAUUUAGCUUAUAAGUGAUUAUAACACAUAGAUUAAAUUGGUUAAAUUUUUUUUUAUAAGCGAUUGCGAGUUGGGCGGUGGAUUGAUAUUGAUAAGUGAAGCAAUUGAAUUAGAGAGUGAUGGAAUGUCAAGAAUAAAUUAAAUUAAAUUAAUGAUAUACCGACAAAAGAGAGAUCGUGUGUGUAAGAUUGCGUGGACAAUACCUAAAACUUAAAAUAUCCCUUUUGUAUCCCUUUUGUAACCUGUAUCCUUUUUCCUUUCUAUCUUUUUCAAAGCCAAUGUAGAACGGUCAAUAAAUUACGAAAGUAGAGCAGUCAAUAAAUUAUCUUUUAAAUAUA